AUGGCUCCAGUCCCGCACUCCCACCGCUCCACCACCAAGUCGAUCAACAAGCCAUUCAAGACCAAGCACGCCUCCAAAUCCGCGUUGAAGAACGCUGCAAAGGGCAAAGUAGAAGCACUUGAAGGCGGCGGGUCUCGCAAGACGCCACACCAGCAAGUCAUGAAUAAAAUCGAUCGCCGCAAUCGUGCGAAGCAGCUCCGUCAGAACCACCAUGCCGAUCGUGAAGAGAAGGGAUCUGUCUUCGCAGGGAGGAAUGCUGCUCCAAGGAUCAUUGCAGUGGUACCACUAUGCGCGGAUAUACAGUGCGGAGAGGUGUUGAAGAUGCUGAACGCCAGCGUGGAGGUGGAGGACAUGGAUGGGAACACUGCUCGGUCUGGGUUGUGGAUUCCUCGAUUCAAGCAGAAGGUGACAUACUUGACGCCCGAACGAGACCUGCUACAAUGUCUGGAUGCAUGCCGUGUCGCAGACUUUGUGCUCUUUGUGCUUAGCGCGAAUGAAGAGGUGGACGAGCUAGGAGAGCAUCUCCUUCGCUGCAUAGAGUCGCAGGGUGUCUCCACGGUACUCACCGGUGCGUACGGCUUGGAGAAGGUAGAGCCUGCGAAAAAGCGGCCUGAUGUCCUCAAGAGCUUGAAGAGCUUCAUCACGCAUUUCUUCGCAGCGCAAGAAAAGGUACACGAUUUCAGCAAUCGACAAGACUGCAGCAAUGUCAUGCGAAGUCUGUGCACGACUAUGCCCAAGGGCAUCCGCUGGCGCGAGGACCGUAGCUGGAUGAUGCUUGAGGACUGCAAAUGGGAGGGAGACUCGGCAGUAGUGACAGGUGUUGUGAGAGGGAAGGGCUUGAAAGCUGAUCGAUUGAUGCAAGUGGGCGAGUGGGGCGACUUUCAAAUUGAGAAGAUCACCGCAGCGCCUUUGGAAACGAGGCCGCAGAGAACCAAGACGGACGAGAUGGCUGUUGAUACUCCUGAGGGCGAGCAAGUGCUGGAGCAGCCGACUGAAGAGCAGGAUGACCUGGCUGAGCUGGCCCCGGAAGAGACUGUCAUGGACGAUCUACCUACUGCCUCCGUUGCAGCCUCUGAGCGCAAAGCAGUAUUGCUUGACGAUCACCACUACUUCAAUGACGACCGCGGCGACCAGUACGCUGUACCGAAACGACUUCCACGAGGAACGAGCAAAUACCAAGCAGCAUGGUACUUGGGUGAUGUUUCCGAUUCCGGCUCUGAUCUCGAGGAUGUCGAGGAUGACGAUGAGGAGAUGGAUUUUGGUGGCUCGGUCGCGGCCGGCCCAGCAGACGGACACUUUGGUGACAUUCAGCCAGAGCCGACAGAGUUCGGUGGACCUUCCGAAUAUCCUCAAAGUGAAAUGUUCUUGGACCCAGCGCCAGAAGAGGAAGCAGACCAACUGGAGGCAUACCGCAAGCAGAGGCGUGAAGAGGCGGAAGAAGAUCUCGAAUUUCCCGAUGAGAUCGAACUGGCUCCCAAUGUUGAUGCUCGUGAACGACUGGCUCGCUAUAGAGGUCUGAAGAGCUUGCGCACCAGCCACUGGGAGACCGACGAGGACAAGCCAUUCGAGCCCGAAGACUGGAGCAGACUACUUGAGAUUGCCGACUACAAAGCCGCCAAAGCUCGCGUUCUCAAGGAAGCCAUGUUCGGCGGCGUCAAGCCCGGCACUCGCGUGAACGUCUUUCUCCGCGUCCCAUCCAACCGUCUGCCAGAGCUUCAAGCUCUCCCGGCACCCCUCGCCGCAUUCUCCCUCCUCAAGCACGAACAUAAGCGCUCCGCCGUCAACGUCUCCAUCUCCCUCUCCUCCGACUACGACGGCCCUCUCCGCAGCAAGGAGCAACUCAUCAUGCAAUGCGGUCCGCGCCGCCUGCUCAUCAACCCCCUCUUCAGCCAAGCAGGCAACACACCCAACAACGUCCACAAGUUCGACCGCUACCUACACCCCGGCCGCACCGCGGUGGCCACCUUUAUGGCUCCUAUAACCUGGGGCAGCGUUCCCUGCCUCUUCUUCAAACCCGCCAAACCCUCCACCGACGCCGUCGAGUCGCUCACCCAAUCCCUCCAACCCACUCAAACCUUCAAUCUCAUCGCAACAGGCACCACCCUCCCUCCCUCCACCAACCGCAUCAUCGCCAAACGCAUCAUCCUCACGGGUCACCCGUACAAAAUCCACAAGAAACUCGUCACGGUACGAUACAUGUUCUUCAACGACGUGGACGUGCGCUACUUCUCCGCGCUACAACUGUGGACGAAGCGUGGCCGGAGCGGAUACAUCAAGGAGCCGCUGGGAACGCAUGGCUAUUUCAAGGCGACGUUUGAUGGGAGGAUCAAUCCGUUGGACUCGGUGGCUGUUAGUCUUUAUAAGAGGGUUUGGCCGAGGCAGGCGGUCGCUUGGAGGGCGGGGAUGAAGUUGGACGGUGGCGAAGGGGAGGAGGAUGAUGAGGAGGCGCCGAGGUUGAUGGAGGUGGAGUGA